AUGUUGCAUUCCGCUCCCAGCGCCAGGGCCGGCGGGGAAGUGAGUGGCGAGAGUAGGCGAGAGGGGGCGGCGAGAGGCGGCGGCGACGGUGGGGCUAGUGCUGGGCAAGCGACUGGCGCAGGUCAGGCGCGCCGCCGCUGCGUGCGCUGUGCGCUGCUGCACUAUCCUACUCGGCCUGCUCAGCCUGCUCUGCUUGGCACUGCUCUGCUUGGCCAACGCCGCGAGGAGGGGAGAAUGCACACGCCGGUCGGCACUAUGGAAUACACUUCGCCGCCGCUGGAGGAGGACAGCCCACAGUCUGCAGGGCUGUCGACCAGCCGCGAUGACCAGGAUAACUUCACGAACAGGUUAAAAACAUGUUUAAAUUGUUAA